CCGGAGCGGCAGUGGAGCGCAGGCGGGCCGGGCCGGGCCGGGCCGCGCCGCCGGGUGCGUGCGGAGGUUGCUCUGGAGCUGCUGGAGCGGCGCGCGCUGGCCAGAAAGCCCCUCGCCUGGAUCCACUAGCGUCAUCCCGUCUUCUGGAGCCCCUCACCCGUUUUGUUUUGUUUUGUUUCCUCGUUCCCGUCGCAGACGAGCGGGCCAAAGGAGCCGGCCGGGCCCUGAGACUGACGUUGUCCACGGCCUAGCCCACGAAGACUGAUGCUUCCCAGGGUCCUCAGCCCCAACGGACAUCACUCAUUCAGAACCCAGGGUAACGAUUUUGGUCUCAGGAGGAACAUGAGGUUCCCUUGGAGAUCUUUCAGGAAGAAGAUGGAAGGGGCAGUUUAAAAGACAUUAAAAGCUGCAGGCCGAAAGACUGGGGCCCGAGGGCUGGCAGUGGAAAACUCUAUUGAGCUGUGAUCUCUCAUUGAAAAGUUCCAAGUGCCUUUUUGCUUCCUGCAAAAGGAAGGAAGAAAAGGAGGAGAUCAUGUCCAUAGCCCUGAAACAGGUGUUCAACAAGGACAAGACCUUCCGGCCCAAGAGAAAAUUUGAACCUGGCACACAGAGGUUUGAGCUGCACAAGAGGGCUCAGGCAUCCCUCAACUCAGGGGUGGACUUGAAGGCGGCUGUGCAGCUGCCCAGUGGGGAGGAUCAGAAUGACUGGGUGGCAGUGCAUGUGGUGGACUUCUUCAAUCGGAUCAACCUCAUCUAUGGCACCAUCUGUGAGUUCUGCACAGAGCAGACCUGCCCUGUGAUGUCCGGGGGCCCUAAGUAUGAGUAUCGGUGGCAAGAUGACCUCAAGUAUAAGAAACCAACUGCGCUGCCAGCCCCCCAGUACAUGAAUCUUCUGAUGGAUUGGAUUGAGGUUCAGAUCAAUAACGAGGACAUUUUCCCCACCUGUGUGGGCAUUCCAUUCCCAAGGAACUUCCUUCAGAUCUGCAAGAAGAUCCUUUGCCGCCUUUUCCGGGUCUUUGUCCAUGUCUAUAUCCACCACUUCGACCGAGUCAUUGUGAUGGGUGCAGAGGCCCACGUCAACACCUGCUACAAACACUUCUAUUACUUUGUCACAGAGAUGAACCUCAUAGACCGCAAGGAGCUGGAGCCCUUGAAAGAGAUGACAAGCAGGAUGUGUCACUAAUGCUCCGUGUUAUUCUUGGGAAGAAAGGAAAGCUGUUUUCUCCAUGAGACCUCAGGGGACACCAGGUAGCUCUGGCUGCCUGCUUCUGGGAGCAGGAGAGCUGAAGACCCAGAGGCACUCCGGGAAGACCUUUCUCUCUCUCCCACCCCAUGUGCUCUUAACCCUCUGAGUGCUGCUAGCCAAGACCUGGGGGCCAGGCAGACCGUGAAAAAGAACCAGCUGUGGAACCUCCAGCUGAAGACUCAGCCAGGCCGGGCCUCUGCACCUCUGCUCCUGUGACCGUUCUGCCUGUGACCUGCCACCUAAGCUUUACUGGAAUUCAGGUUUUGUGACUGAGACAUUCCUUUGUACCUUUCCACUUACCUGCCCUUUCUGUCUUGCUAGCUGACUUUUCUGACCCUUAUUUUCUAAAUCCCAAGUGAAUUUUGGAAUUCUGAAUGCAGAGCUGGUUUUUCUACACGAAACUUUCUUCUUCAGGGCUGAGAGGUCCGCUCUGUUUGCCUUUCUUCGUACUGUGCAGGGCCUGGAUCUGUGGGAGACGCAAACCCCACCCAGAAAGGUCCCCACCAGUUCCCACAUACGCGGUUUUACCAGGGAAACUGCAGCUGGCUCAUCUGUGUCCCAAAUAGAUCCUCACAUUCGCAUCAUUUGGGAAGAGACUUGUCACCUGCUGAAGACAGCAGCUUUCUAGUUGGCCUUGAUAAGAAUGCACGGUGUUCAACACACCACUGACUCUUCCACUGAAGAUAUUCUUCCCUAGAUCCCAGAAAGAAAGAAAGCACCUAGUGACCGAGAAUGACCAGUAGGGUCCCUGAGCCAGAUGAGUGCAGUGUUUGUUCUUUAUGAAAGUAGAGUUGUGGCUGCCUCUACAUAACUGUAGCAUUUUGAUGACAAAACAAAAGGAUACUUGGCAAUUUGGUGCAUGGAGAUUAGACAGCCAGCCCAGUUGCUCCCCUUUGCUUCUGAAGCCAGCUGAUGGGGCCUCUUCCUUCCCUACUUCCUUCCCUACUGUGUUGUAUUACAACACAGAAUUUACUUCUGCCACGGUUGCCAAGGUAACAGUGAAGCUGGAGCUUACCUCUUUCUCUCCAUUACCAAGAUUUCUCUUCCAGUAGACAGAAUAACACAUUCUGUGCUCCUUCCUACCUUCACAAACCUCGCUGAGUUGUAGUUGAUGAAAUGUUGCCUUCUCUGAUUCAUUCCCAAACCCUGGUCCCGACAGGCUGUGAUUAGCAGGUAAAAGUACUCCCCGGAAUAUUUGAAUUUAAUAAAGAAUCUGUUGGUGGAGGGAAAUAGAUAAGAAUGUAUUAGUGCAUUUUCGUGGACUAACAAUUAAAAGUUAAGCUAAACCACUCUGGUUUUGUUUUAUUAUGUGAAAUGUGUUAAAGCCAUUCGUGGAUGCCACAAAAGCUUAGAAAGCAUCAAAUCCUUGUCCAAACUAAGAAAGGACUGGCCGAGAGCCCGGUGAACCUCUGUGUUACCUGCUGCAGACUGGUCCCUGCUUCACGCACCGUAGAAGCCAUCUUGUAGAACCAGACACUGCUACCUCUCCAUCUUUAUGCUCUGGUGUACAAUAGACACAGUUGCGCUUUUUUUUCCCUUCCUGGACUAUUUUGAGACUGCAGUAGGCAAAACAGUUUUUUCCAGCAUCACUUUGACAAGAAGACUCUCUGGCUGCCAUUAAAGAUCCAGAAGAACAAGAAGCCCCAAUUCCUGACCUGUGCAAUACUCAUGACUCAUGGGAGAGCGCGAUGCUGGGAGAGAAUGGCAGUGUCAUCCUUUGCCCUGGGAGCAUCUGUAGCUCUCUACCGUGACAACCACAGGACCGUGUCAUGAGAAAGCUGAAUAUGUUCCCACAUUUCUGUGAUGCUUGAUUGGUCAAGUGGAAAACUGGGAUCAGAAGACACUUGUCAUUGAUUUUUGACAUUAUUUUUUCACUGUUGUAUGUGUGAAAUUUUCUAUUUCCACUGCCCAUACAAAACUCUCAACCAUUUGGGUUUGCCUUCCUGCUUUGGCUUGCAUCCUGCCUUUAACAUCCCAUUAGUUGAUUUGAUUUGAUUGUGGUUGAUUUAUAUACUUGUAAUUCAUUCUUUUAGCUGGGAACACAUUAAGGGACUUGAAUAGAGUCUUGCUCUCUGUCUCUGUCUCUUUCUCCCCCACCCCCACUCCCAUUGUUAUUGUGUUGGAAGUUCGUCUCUUUCUAUGGCCUUAAACUUGGUCCCCUUUCUAUCACCCCUGGGUAUCUUACU